GCCCAGCCGUGCAAGCCUGAGAGGUAGCGAGGGCCCGAGGAGGGCCUGGGGAAUUCUCCUAUAGACUACACUUGCCGAAUAAGCAUAAGUGUCGUGAUCCCAUAUAGAUACCAUCCUCUAUCGGGCCACCGGCGCCAAAUGUUGGCAUUCUUGACACCUCCCAAAUUACCAUUUCAAUAGUACAUCGACCUGCAGCCAGCCAUCCCGGACCACACUACUGCCGUGCCACCUACCAAGUACUAGGCACCAUCAUCCUCCCGGGCUAUUACGCUAUUACACCACAAAGACCACCCAUACCACGUCGCGUCGACAACUGCAUCCUGCACAGCUUUUUCCAUUUCCACGUGUCACACACAUCGCCGUCUGCCAAAGCCGAAGAGAGGACGAAAUAAAAAACACAUCUGAAAAUGGUGUCAUUUUUUGGUCUGGGGAAGAAGAAGAAGGAGGCGCCCGAGGGCCAGGCCCCAGUGCACUCGCUCUACGCACAGCAAUGGAAGCGAGAACAGAGCCCAUUCGGCCCACGAAUCCCGCAGCCCAGCACAUCCCCCGCGGGCCUCCCGGCCCGGCCAAGUAGCUCGCACUCGUCACGGAGCGCCAGCCCCGGCGGGCAGAAAUCACUAUACGCCAACAGAUCAGCAACAGGGAGCAUGCAGGAUCUCUCCACAAGCGGCAGCGGGCGGCCUGGCUCCGGGAAGCUGCCGCGCACAGGAUCGCCACUGAGGCCGACGUCUUCAGAUGGCGGCCCAAAGAAGCCCAACCUCGGAAAUGCCAGGCCCAUGUCGCCAGGGAGCCUUGCUGCAGCAGCGUCACAGGCCGGGUUCCGCUUCGAGAACUCACCACAGCAGAGGCCACUCGCCGCACACCCAACGCGCACGGCGAGCAGCAUCAGCAGCAACAACAGCGACAGCAGCAACAACAACAACAACAACAACAACACCAACACCAACAUGCGACCGUCACCGUCGAGUAUAGAGCGGAACAGGAGCCCGCUGGGCCGGUACGAGGUCCGGUCGGAGGCCGAGGACAGCGAGGUGUCGUCGCCGAUGAGCCAGGCCAGCCGGAGCCAGGCGGGCACGGCGCGGAGCAACGUGACGAGCCUGACGAGCGUCGCGAGCAGCAGCGACAUGGACAGGCAGAUUGGGCAGUGGGCCGUCAAGGUCAGCGACUCGUCGAGCGGGGGCAUAGACGAGAAGGUGCGGUCGCCCACGAGCCCCCUGUUCAGCCUGGACGAGCAGGAGCACGAGCGGGAGCGGGAGCGGGAGCAGCAGGGCGACAAGGACUCGGCGCUCCUGGACGACUCGGAGGAGAACGGGCUCAACAGGUUGGACACGAUAUCGAUCUCGGAGCCGAGGGCAUCGUUAAUGCCGCUGUCGGCCCAUGACCCGGGGGCGGGCACGGACGGGAGGGGUUACUCGAUGAUUCUGCAGUAUUACUUGGAUAGUGAUGCCAGGGAGUCGAUGGUGAUAUGAAUAUGAACUCUAAUGUGCUUAUGAGCACCAUGACAUUUCUCCUUCUCAUCGUAUUGCAUACAUCUGGUAUAUGUCUCAUUGGAAGACCGAAAAUCUCAAAUUCACGCUCAUCUCAUGCUAAUAAUUGCUUACUCGCAUCUCCACCACAAACCUCACUGGGGGUCCUCGGUCUGGCCACACGCCGGGCACUUCCUCACGCUCUCGUUCUCCCUCCAGUUGUUGAUCAGCGGCUUGAGCUGCGUGCCCAGGUCGGUGCAGUGGAAGACCUCCUCCCUGAUGAUGGUGGGGAACUCGUGGCCGCCCUUCUUGCAGUACCACCUCAGGCGGUCCAGGCUGCCCUCGGGCCUGACCCUCUCCAUGACGAGCCCGAUGGUGUCGGCGAAGCGGACGGGGUUGUGAGGGGUGUUCCCUGGGAGCAGGAACAUCUCGCCCUCCUUGAUCUCGACGUCCUUGAAGAAGUCGUUGCCGGCGGCGUCCUUCUCGACGACCUUGAGGCACAUGGCGCCCUUGAGCUGGUAGAACCACUCCUCGGUCUCGUUGACGUGGUAGUCGUUGCGCGUGUUGGGCCCGCCCACGACCAUCAGCACCAUGUCCUUGCCGCUGAAGAGGCAGUAGUUGUUGACCGGGGGCUGCAGCAGGUUCUCGUUCUGGCUCAGCCAUGAGGCGAAGGCCAUCGGUGGCGGGAGGGCCUUGUGGUCUGAUGAGUCACUGUUCAUUGUGGUGGAGUUGUGAUGGAGGUGAUGAGCCCAGCAAUUUGGACGAGACGGGACGAUAUGAGACGUGCAGUGAUGAUGCUUGGGGUCGAGCUUGCGGUUGGUGUGAGUGAGUUUGAAAGUUUCAAAGUAUUGGGUGAGCUGGAAGAGCCGGGAUUGCGUCAAGUUGGAAGAGUCUGAGUUUUGCUGCGUAAUCAAAAAACUGCUAGUAUGGGCUGGCGAUAGAUAGAUAACUUUAUCAUAAGGACUAAUAGUAGUGGUGGUAGUAGUAGUAGUAGUAGUAGUAGUAGUAGUAGUAGUAGU